AUGCAACGGAUUCUACGCAUAAACCUCCAAGCUCGCAAUCAAGCUCUCAAAGCCUCGCGUCGGAAAAAUUAUGAAAAGCUCCGGGAAGACUGGAAAGAAUACGAAGGCCGUUUGAUCCAGACAGAGAAAGUGAAAAAUGCCCACAUCAAAGCCGAGCGCAGAGCCCGGCGGGAGGAUUGGGUCAUGGGGCCUCUAGCACCGAAACGAGAUGUCGGCACAAAGCAAGAUUUCUACGGCACCGUGAGCAACCUGCUCUAUCAAGGGCCUGUAUUUCCCCCAAAAGUCAGACAUGGUCCCAAGAGUAAUGGGUGGGACGCUAUCGGAGGUGAAGGGAGAGAAGAGGAACAGAAAGAGUGGGAAGGGUUCGGAAAUGAAGGAAAUAUCGUGGAGGGAGAUCGAGUGUGCAUUGUGAAGGGAAAGGCCAGUUUGAUUGGGCAGAUUGGCAAAGUAAAGGAUGUCAGCGCCGAUUCCAAAGAGCUGAGAAUAGAAGGUUUGAAUAUGGCCGAUGUUGAGAUCCCCGAGAGCUUUGGCGAACAGCGUGACAAAGUACACUACUCGUCCCUCGAAUUACCCGUGCCCAUCGGAGACGUACGCCUUGUUUAUCGUCUUACCGACCCUGACACAGGCCGCGACCGGGACGUCAUUGUCAAACACAUCCGUGGCGGCGCCCCGUACUUCCAGCGCGAACCAAACUCGCCUUUACCGCGGCAUACACGCUACAUCGCCGGGGACGAUAUUCAGAUACCCUGGCCGGAAGUUGAAGCACCCACGUAUCAAGCCUUCGAGGGAGAUACUACGCGCUACGACGUGGAGUCACAAACUUGGACGCCCACAAUAUACCAGUCCCCUCUUCCCUCCCAGGAGAUAUUUGACGACUUGACAGAAGAUGAUAAAUAUCGGCGAGACAGAGCAUGGCACGAAGACGAGUAUGUGAGGAUGAAGGUCUUGGAGGAUGCGCGUGCAGAAUGGUUCAAGGAGAGGAAGAUCCAGGGUCCCUUGGCGAAGUUGGCCGAGGAGAAACUCAAGACGGUGGCGGAGAGAGCUGAGGCAAUCAAGCAAGCCGGAAUGAGCGAAGAGACGGUGAAGGUCUUGUUGGAAGAGAUGAAUGCUGCAAGAGGGAAGAGAAGACUGAAAACACCAGCGUGA